AUGAUCUCCUCUACGCUCGUUAACGCCCUGAGCUUGCUGCUCAUCGGGGCACACCAUGUACGAGCCAGGACAGUCAGGAUUGGCUCCUCGGUCAAAGCAGACACCGAAUUUACAGUUACAGUGGACACCGACGGCCUGAAUGAAUGGGGUGGCUCCGACCGCUGGAGCAAAUUCACUGUCUACCUGGCAUUGGAAUUGCCCGACAAGAAAAAAACCACAAGCGAGGCGUGCGUGCUUGCGAAUUCGACCGACCUUGGGAGUCUCUCCGGAACCAAGAGCGCCAAGGUCAAGAUCCCGGCAGAUGCAGCUCCUGAUGGCGCGAAUGUCAUGGCUAGCGUCCUCAUAUACGAGUCAGACCCCUAUGGAAACCUCACAUCCGGGACGCGCUUCAGCAACACGGCUACCUUCCAGGGUGGAAAGGCCAAGUGGGCAGAAUAUGAAACUUCUGGCAGUGGGAUAUUCCUGCCAGAACGCAUCCCCUGUACUUCCUAUGCUUGCGUCCGAGAGUGCGGCGUGAGGCAUUUCACCGACGAAGACGUCAAGAAGAUCAAUAGUCUCGCUGACUGGAAGACCAUGUAUGAAUGCAUGGCAUCGUGCUCCGGUACUACUUUUGACCCUUGGAGUGUCUGGCUUGCUCAAUACGGGACUGUCAACGACACUGAUUCAGCGAGCACUACAUCUGCUGCCUCGGCCUCAGCGACGGCUUCGACUACCAUUAGUAUCUCUCAGACCGAUUCUUCUGCUUCUGCUUCUGCUUCUUCUACUAGCACCGAUACAGGUGCUGCUGGUCAACUCCUGGCUGGGAACUUUGGUUUGGUCGUUGCGGUCAUGCUUGCUGGCCUGGCCAUGUUCUAG